AUGAUCCGAGCCUCAUCAGAAGGACCGGGCUCGUCAGCGCCAACUCCGAAGUUUCUACGGUACAGAUCACUUCGGAAGAGCGCCAGUGCUGUGAAGAACCCCGAACCCGAGCCUGCCCCUCCAUUGCCGCCUGUCCCACCGACUUCAAAGACUUCUAUCACGCGCUUGCCGUCCCGAUACCAUCGCAAACCCAAGCCCGAGACCAGUUCUCCGAGUAUACCGCAGAAUGCGGGUGCGUGCGACGAUGGCGCAAGUGCGCGACCCGAACCCGCACCAGAAGUCUCGCAAUCUGACAAACAAGAGGAAUCGCAGCAGAGCAGGGGCAGAAAGAUGGUGACUGAACGCGCCGAAAGAUCCGACACUGCACGCAAUCUGGGUAGAGACCUCGCCGCGCAAGAAGAUGCUCCUGGUGCAGACUCGACAGAAGCCCCAUGUCUUAGGAGGUCGUACGAGGUCGCAAGGGAAGAAGCGCGACUGAUACUGGAGGGAGAAGUAGACCGCCUGCGAGAGUUGCGGGAGCGGGAGGCGCGCCGUCGUCUUGAGGAGCGGCAGAGGCGGAAAGAGAAAGGGCGGGCUCGCGCUGAUGAUGGCGGCCAGCGCACCCUAGAGGACAGGGACAAGAGCAGUAGCGCGAACGAAAGGCAUCCAGAGGUCGGGCGACGUCAUGAUCUAUCGGCCGACAAGAACUCCCCUGAGACAUCAGCUAACAGAAGAACCACCCCUGACGGCGCAGGGUCGAAAACGCGAACGCUGGUGAUUGGAGGCCCACCUCUUCUGCGAAAGGCGAAACAUCAUAGCCAUGGCUCAUCAGGUGCCAGUGAGCCGCACCGAUCGUCCAGCAGAGGGCAUCAUACGAGUAACAGCGUGGAAAGGAUGAAAGAGCUCGGCGGAGCGAUGCCGAUACCGCUGCCUCCCUCGAAUAUCCCAAACUUUGAUGCUCCAGUAUCCGCCGUGAAUGCAGGCGCACGGAGGGUUCAGGUCCAAUUCAAGACGGAGAGCAUAACAAUUCCCGUGACGCCAUCUACUACUUGCAAAGAUAUAUUGAAGUCUGCGUCCUUGUCUAUGUCAGAGUCCGUUGACCCGGGUACAGCUAUACUUGCUGAGUCAUUCUCUCAGCUGGGCCUGGAGAGACCGUUACGCAAGUAUGAGCGAGUUCGGGACGUGAUGAACUCGUGGGACGAUGACAAACAACACCACCUCUACAUCGCUGACCAAAGAGAAUUUCAUGCUGCCGGGGACCUCGGAGUCGGAGAUGCUCCAAAACAACAACCGAGUGGUGUAAGCGUGCAUAUCUACCAUUCGCAUAAGCCAGGUCGGUGGGAUAAGCGAUGGGUCAAACUCAGAGGGGACGGGCAGGUCACGGUCUCCAAGAACGAACAUGGCCUUGAUGCCACCAACAUCUGCCAUUUGUCCGACUUUGAUCUGUACACGCCUACCACCAGACAAAUGAAGAAGCUGAAGCCUCCCAAAAAGUUAUGCUUCGCCUUGAAAAGCCAGGAGAAAUCAUCCAUGUUCCUCAGCGGGGCCAACUUCGUGCAUUUCUUCUGUACCAAGGACAAAACGCUCGCUGACCAGUGGUAUCAGGCCGUCCACUCGUGGCGGAGCUGGUAUUUGGUCAACGUGCUUGGUGAAGGUUUGACGUCCCCGACAGCAGCAGCGGGAAUUGGGGUUGGCAGGCAACAAUCCACAAAAAGGCCAAGCACCAGUUACUCGAAGGACUCGUCGUCAUCGCCUCGCCACAAGGGAUCCUUUAAACCUUUGCUGAGCUUCGGAUCUUCGCGGCCUAGCAUGGACGGAGAGAGAGAAAGAAUAAGGGCCGGUCGGAGCCAUUCGCUUCGGCGAUCGCAGGAUACUAGUAUCCCAAGACCGUUGAUUGAGUCGGUGCCGGAUAAUCAACACACGGCCGCCAGUGGGAGCAGACCAGGCAGUCCGAUAUUUCACCCUCCAAAGACGUCACAAUCAUGUCCCCCGACCGCUUUUCCACGCAAUCUCAUACCCUCGUCAAGUCAUACUGUCGCCGCCGCGGACGAUGCGGAUACAGGGCCAUUCACAGGCACGGGGCUUCUCGCUCGAAGUGCCAGCCGUCGGUCACAGGGCGGAAGCCGGUCCGGUCACGGGGUGCACGGUGUCGACGGCAAGCCGUUGGUAGACUUACACCCGACCAGCGAGUUCACUGAUGGUAGUCUACUUCGAAAGAUGGAGGCUAUUAUUGCUCAGCAGGACGCGUUGCAUCCAAAGAUUGAUCGAGAAAAGAGGAGGGAGGUCGAUGUCUCAGUAGGCGAAGGCUAUGACUGA